AGAGAGAGAGAGAGAGAAAGAGAGUUGUUGUUGUUGUGAGAGGGAAGUGACAGGCGGCACCUCUCUGCUCGCGUUAGUGCACGCCCACCACCACCACCACCACCACCUCUUCUUUUUCCUCUGCUUCGCCAUGGAGUCUCCUGACCUACAUGCAAAGUACCAGAAACUUGCCACCGAGUACUCCAAGCUGCGAGCUCAAAAUCAAGUGCUUAAAAAAGCUGUAGUUGAGGAACAAGAUAGAAAUACUCAGUUAUCAGAUUCAAUGAAAUCAAGAGAUCAGUUGCUGAGAAAAGCUGAACAAGAGAAUGACUCGCUCUCAUUCAGAAACCAGCAGCUCACAAAAAGACUCACACUCCUGCAACAAGAUCUAGAUGAAAUACAGCUGAAGAAUAAGAGAGGGAGAGGCAAGGCUGAGUCCGUAGUGGAUGGAAUGGUUGCUGACACAGAAGUGUUCACAGAGGAACUUCACUCCAAGAUUCAGGAAAAUGCAAGGUUACAAUCAGAACUUGCAGACAGCCAGACAACAUAUCGCAAACGUCUGUCUGAGUUUGAAACACAGCUGGAGGCAGCCAAGAGAGAAUCACAAAAAUACAAGGAAAUGUUACAGCUGAGGGAAAGAUCCACUAAUGACAUGGUGGAUCAGCUGGAGGGUGAGAGGGUUCGCCAGGAAGUUGUGGCCCAGCAGAGAGAGGCUGAGCUGCGCAUGUUGAAGGAACAGGUGGCUAAGCUGCAAGAGAAGCUGAGCAUCAAUACCAGCAGCACUACUGCUGUUGCUGCUGCUGCUACUGCUGUUGCUGCUUCAACUUGCCUGUCUCAAGGAGACACUCAUGAUACUGUCCAUCACAGGAUUGGCAAAUCUCCUGGAUCAAGCAGCCUUAACAUUUCAGUACAAAAUGGAAGAGAGAAAUCUCCCAGUUAUACAGCAAGAAGUUUGGUGGACACUUAUGAUAGCUUGAUACAAGAUAUGUCAAAAUCAUUUGCCAAAUUUUUGUGUUCUUAUAGUACCAGAGUGAAGUAUCACCAUCAACAGUCAGAGGUUCAGCAAAAGUUAGUAGAACAUUUGAAGUCGGCUGCCUUCCCGUGGCACUCUCUGGCAGCAUCAUAUCACCAGCUGACGGAAACUGCCUCUAUGGAGGGAUUUGUAGCCUUGGAGACCUUGACGGGACUGUCCCAUGUGAGCCAGCAAGUAAAUGCUUGUGUGGCCAGCCUGCGUAAAGUUCUGCCUCUCGUGGUCCACUGGAUUUGUGAGGGCAGCCAGGGUGUCGCCAAUGCUGACCGGACCAGUGCGUCAUGGAGUGCAGCAUUCAGCAGGCUUGUGUCUUCAUGGGGAUCCCUCACCCCAUAUGUAGCUACCCUGGCCAAUCAGAGCACACCAAAUUCCAUCCUUCCCAAAAAUGCACAAGGUCGCAUUAUAUCCAUGUUGAGUGACCGUCUCAGUAACUUCCAUGCUGCCCUCAAAGAAGCUACAAGUGCAUGCCAGAAGAAAGCAGAGAGUGAAAAGGAACUUUCCUUACUAUCAAGUGAUGCAAAGGUUGCCAGUGAGGAAAUGGUGAGCGCCCUCACCUCUCUCACUUCUGUGACGGGCAAGAUGUCAAGUAUCUUCAAGGAGCAGGUGGUGUCUUCCUGGAAUAGAGCUGGCUCAACCCCAAGCACACCUUCCUCACCCUACCCAAGCAUGCCUCAUUCCCUCAGUAAAUCAGGAACCCCCCUGUGUGGUGUGCAAGAUGAUGGAAGCUCAGCACUGUAUGAUAGCACCCUGGUGAGUCCAUCAGACAGCACCACUCUUGGUGACACUGAAGUGUCUCUGAUGAAGCAGCUGGCUCUGGCAUCAUCCAAGCUUACUCAGUUAGAGGCGGAGAGGGAACACUGGAGGCUAGAGCAUCAGCUCUUACAAUGUAAACAUCAAAAAGAAGCAAAGCGAGUACGAGAGCUUGAGAGCCAGCUGAAGGGGGAGUCAGUCUCUUCCAAGGAGGAUGGAGGACACAAAGACCACUCUGCCUCUGUCACUUCUGCAAUAUCAGUGAUAGGAGAGGUGCAGGGUUGUGAUGGGGCACUUGAUGAAAGGGAAAAAGAUAUCAGAAAUCACUUCACCAAUCGCUGCUCACACCUGUACAUGCAGCUCACAUCAGCCACAAGUCAAGCUGCUCUUUAUCAGAAUGAGUGUGAAUCACUAAUGAGACAUCUAGCAGUAAGUAAUGAGACCAAGACUGCCAGUGAACAGGAGAUGGACAAGCACAGAGAAAGAGUCAAUCAUCUAAAGGAAGUCCUACAAACAACCUCUAGAAACUAUGAGGAACAGAUUUCUACAAUGUCAGAGCAUCUGGCUGAUCUUAAUGAAAAGCUAACUGCACAAUCAGAAUUGAUAGAACAUUUAAAGUUUGAAGCAAAGAGUAAGAAGAGCAAGAAGUGAUGAAAGUAAUAUAAAAAUUGUGUUAUUUUUGUUAAGAUAUUAGUUAGUAUAGUUAGAACUGACCUCUUAACUUGUGUAUAUUGUUUUUACUACCAUCACCAUUGUCAUCAUCAGCAGCAUUAGUAUUUUCACAAGUUAAUUAUCUUCAUUGUUCAUCAUUCAUUAUGUGCAGUAUCAAUCACACACUUUUGUGAGCAAUUCCCACCAGUGAAUAGAUAGUAGCCAGCUAGUAGCACACCUCUCAUGUAGAUCACCUGUUGACAUUCCUCAGUAUUAUCAGUGUUGUAACAUUUCAUCUAUUGUUCAUUGCUUUUGUUAUUAUCAUUGAUAUAGAAACUGGCAUGCCUGGAUCACAUUCAACAGGCUCCAAGUUUGGAUCUUGGGAUAGGAAAUGAAAUUUUUUUUCCUUCUUUCAUAGUGUAGAUUCUGUUCACUCAAUAAGAAAUAAGUGUGAGAUGGAAGCCAAAUGAUAGAUAUUACUAUUACUGCUAUCAUUAUCAUUUUUUUCUUUUUUUUUUUUUCGUGUGUGUGUGUGUGUGUGUUAAAUUAUUGUUCUAUUCAAAGAGAAUAAUGCACCAGAGUCAAGUAUAUUAGUCAAUUUGACAAAUUUGAUCAUGAGUUUUGCUGUUGGUGAUUUAUGCUAUUCUUUCUUCUCUCUCAAACUUGUGUAUAAUGCUAUGAUUUACUUUAAUUGUAAAAUUAUAUGCUACCUCCUCUUUUAGUUUAGUUCAUUUACCAUGCAGGACUUGAGGACACCUAUUAUUUAAUAAGAUUAAGUUUACCAAGUAUAAUUGAAGUGAUGUAUGUUAUCUCUGAGUCUGUGCGAUUCAUUAUCAUUGGCAUCAUCAUCCUCACCAUCAUGUACCUAUAUUAUGCAGAUUUGGAACUCCAUACACAUGUUGAAUAAAGACUAAAUAGCAAAGCAGGUA